AUGGCCGGAGCGGCGGCGGCGGUGGCCGCGGGAGCAGCAGCGGCGGGGGCCGCCGCGGCCGCCGUGGCCGUGGCGGCGCCGGGCCGGGCCUCGGCGCCCCCGCCGCCCCCGCCCGUGUACUGCGUGUGCCGGCAGCCGUACGACGUGAGCCGCUUCAUGAUCGAGUGCGAUCGCUGCAAGGACUGGUUCCACGGCAGCUGUGUCGGAGUAGAAGAGCAUCAUGCCGUCGACAUUGACCUAUAUCACUGUCCCAACUGUGCCCUUUUACACGGUUCCUCCUUGAUGAAGAAGAGGAGGAACUGGCACAGGCACGACUACACCGAGAUCGACGAUGGUUCCAAACCUGUGCAGGCUGGGACGCGCACGUUUGUGAAGGAGCUGCGUUCUCGAGUCUUCCCCAGCGCCGAGGAGGUCAUUGUGAAGAUGCACGGCAGCCAGCUCACACACAGGUUCCUGGAGAAGCAUGGAUUUGAGGUCCCGAUCAUGGUGCCCAAGUUAGACGAUCUCGGACUCAGGCUCCCCCCGCCUACCUUUUCUGUUCUGGAUGUGGAACGCUAUGUAGGUGGCGACAAAGUGAUAGAUGUCAUUGACGUGGCAAGGCAGGCAGACAGCAAAAUGACGCUUCACAAUUACGUUCAAUACUUCAUGAAUCCUAACAGACCAAAAGUGUUAAAUGUGAUCAGCCUUGAAUUUUCAGAUACAAAGAUGUCUGAGUUGGUGGAAGUUCCUGAUAUUGCCAGAAAACUUUCCUGGGUAGAAAAUUAUUGGCCAGAUGACUCAGUCUUUCCCAAGCCAUUUGUUCAGAAAUAUUGCUUAAUGGGUGUUCAAGACAGCUACACAGAUUUCCACAUUGACUUCGGUGGCACUUCAGUUUGGUACCACGUUCUCUGGGGUGAGAAGAUUUUUUAUUUGAUAAAACCAACAGAUGAAAAUUUGGCACUCUACGAAUCUUGGAGUUCUUCCGUGACCCAGAGUGAAGUGUUCUUUGGUGAGAAGGUGGAUAAAUGCUACAAAUGUGUGGUGAGACAGGGACACACCUUGUUUGUCCCCACAGGGUGGAUUCACGCGGUGCUCACGUCUCAGGACUGUAUGGCGUUCGGGGGCAACUUUCUGCACAACCUUAAUAUUGGCAUGCAGCUCAGGUGUUAUGAGAUGGAGAAACGGCUGAAAACACCAGACCUUUUCAAAUUCCCUUUCUUCGAAGCCAUUUGUUGGUUUGUAGCCAAAAACCUGCUGGAAACCCUGAAAGAGCUGAGAGAAGAUGGUUUCCAGCCGCAGACGUACCUGGUGCAGGGUGUGAAAGCACUGCAUACGGCUCUGAAGCUGUGGAUGAAGAAGGAACUCGUAUCUGAACAUGCCUUUGAAAUUCCAGACAACGUUCGACCUGGGCAUCUUAUUAAAGAACUUUCUAAAGUGAUUCGAGCAAUAGAGGAGGAAAACGGCAAACCAAUUAAAUCUCAGGGAAUUCCUACUGUGUGUCCAGUUUCACGAUCCUCAAAUGAAGCAACUUCUCCCUACCAUUCCCGGCGGAAGAUGCGGAAACUCCGAGAUCACACUGUCCGGACUCCUUCCAACCUGGACAUCCUGGAGCUGCACACGAGGGAGGUGCUCCGGAGGCUGGAGAUGUGCCCGUGGGAAGAGGACCUCUUGAGUUCUAAACUGAACGGCAGAUUCAACAAGCAUCUCCAGCCUUCUUCCACAGUUCCUGAGUGGAGAGCCAAGGACAACGACCUCCGCUUACUGCUGACCAACGGGAGAAUAAUUAAAGAUGAGAGACACCCCUUUGCAGAUCAAAGUCUCUAUACGGCGGACAGUGAAAAUGAAGAGGAAAAGAGAACAAAACAGGCGAGGGUGAAGACGGAAGAGAGUUCCGGAACCGAAGAGGUGGAAAACGAAGAUUCUCAAAAACCACAUAACAGGUUUUUCACAAGUGUGAAGUCAGAACUCAGGAAUCGAUCAUCGGAAUACUCGGACAUUUCUGACUCGGAGGACUCUGGGCCCGACUACACUGCACUGAAAAACAAUUUUACCACUGAAGAGUCUGAAAGUUCAGGUGAUGAAAAAAAACAAGAAGUAACAUCCAACUUAAAGGAGGAUCCCAGCAUGGUGAGGAGCUUGCUUCCGAAGAGCCAGAAGCCGGCUCGAAGUGAAGUGGCCGUUAAACGGGAAUGUCCAACCUCCACGAGCACAGAGGAGGAGGCGAUUCAGGGCAUGCUGUCCAUGGCGGGUCUGCACUACUCCACGUGUCCCCCGAGGCCGGAGCCCAGCCCCGACGGCGGUGGGCACAGGCACGCCGUGCCGGCAACCCAGGACUGCCACCGCGCCAGCCUCCCCGUCCGGCAGGUGUGCCGCUACGGCAGCCCCGUGGAAUGCGGGUACCAUGUCAGGACGGAAGAGCACGAUGCGAGGAGUUCUGCCUGGCCGAAACCGCCGGAUCCAGCGUCCAGACUGCACCUUCAGGAGCCGGGGAGAGGCCAGAAGUGCAUCCGGAAGGAAGGCGCCCCGGAGAGCUGUCCCAAGCCACAGGGCAGAACUUCCGUGGACGGAAAGUUCCUGCAGAGCUCAAGCUUGGUCUCGGGGGCCUGCCAGAUGGGGAAUGGGGCGAUGAGCCCUGAAAGGCCGGCGGGUGACACUUCCUUUUCCGUGCCCCUUCACCCAACCAAGAGACCUGCGUCGAACCCGCCCCCCAUCAGCAACCAGGCAACAAAAGGGAAACGUCCCAAGAAAGGAAUGGCCACGGCCAAGCAGCGUCUCGGGAAGAUCCUCAAGUUGAACAGAAACGGUCACGCGCGUUUCUUCGUGUGAUGACGCUGCUGUUGGGGCCUCUCUUCCCUGCGGAGACCGUUCUUGGGUGGGGGGCAGGAGCCUGGCGCUCCAGCCGAGACCCCGCCGGAAGCAGUGUGCGCAUGUCCAGUAGGGAACACUGCCUGAAGAACAAAAUGAACCCGAUGCUGCAUUUUCACUGUGCCACACCCACUCAGCAAUAACCAGUUUGGACCUGGUGGCAGAGGAAGAACGAGGGUAGAACCUUAAAAAGGGACCUUGAACUGGCAAGGGUCUCUCGUCAGGGCUUGAAUUUCAUUUUGUUGUCGGUAGUGUCUUGACUUAUUUUCAGCGGUAGGGUAAAGAAUUAUCAAUAAUUUAUUUAACAGAUUUUUUUUUAAAGUUAACAGCUUUUAAAUUCUUUUUUAAAGCUAUUUAUUUGGAAGAUUUCUGGAGAACUAUCUCACUAAUUUAGAUUAAAGAAUGUGAAGGUUUUUAAAUUAUUUUUGAUAGUGUGUGUGUUGCCCGUGGGAAGAGUCACGGCAACGCUGACUAGUCUGGACUCUUACAUUUGCUAUUCAGGUUAAAGUCUUAAACAGGGAUUUGAUGCAUUAAUUAUUUUAAAUUAAGAUGUAUAUGAAAAUCAUUUUAUUUUCUAUAUUUCAUGUGCUUUUUAUAAGCUAUUCGCUUCGCUUUUGCUAACACCCAAGGUGCAUACUGUUAUCCAGGUCGAUUCUCUUACACCCGCCUUCCCUCUGCGCUCCCCAUCUUUCUGUCUGUCACAAGCCCGUCUCCACAGGGAGAUACUUCCGUAGCCCGUGUGUAAGGCGACAGCCAUGGUGGUCCCCACGCGUGCUCUUUGUUUGACUUUGCAAUUUCCCUUCGAAAGCUUAAUAGGCUUCUUGCAUUUUCAUUUUGUUUUUUUCUGAUGAAAUCUGGGUCCCAAAGAGAACAGCUUUAAUCUCUUUUUCCCACUUGUGGGAGAAGUCUGAGAAAUUUGGUUAAGUUGUCGUGUGUGUAGUUUUUCCAGUACAUUUGUAACACUUGAGGGCCUUCUUCUUCGCACUGCUGGUGUCGGAGGCAGUCUCGCUCCUGCCACAGAGGUUAUAUUUUAUGAUACUUUGAUUCUGUAUACCUGAUUUCUUGGACAGUGUCAUUUGACAUCAUAUAUUCAGAUCUGCAUAAUAAGCCGUGAUGCAAUAGGAUAUACUAUAUUAAGUUGUAUAGAAAAAGCAUGUUGGGGUAGAUUGCGUGUGUGCAUGUGUGCGUGUGUGCGUGCUUGUGUAGGUGUGUGCUUGUGCGUGUGUGUGUGUGCGUGUGUGUGUGCAUGUGUGCUUAGUUUUUUAUUUCUUGACCUUCUAAAGAAUUCGUUAAGCUGCGGAUUUGGAGUAAAUGGGUGCUUCUUCUGGUUUCUUCCAUAAUCCUAUCUUAACCAGUGCAUAUUGAGGGUAAGUAUCUGGUUGAGCUUUAAGGAAUCAAUUCUCUGUGCACAUUAACUAAUGCCAGUUUUUACUUGUUCAUACUAGCUUCCAUUUCGUCCCCUCCCCCAAUGUUCUAAAAAUAAGUGAUGGGGGGGGUAGGGUGGAGAUAUUCCCAGUUCUGACUCUAGAGCUUUUUACAAGUUCCUGCAAAGAAAGUAAAGGCAACUAGGAUAACACUUAUUUUUGUGGAGAAGAAAUAUGACUGUUUUAUGAAUUUUUCUGAACUCAGCAAUGUAGUGGAAUACUCCUUUAUGUGCUAAAUAUCACUUGAGGAUCUAAGAAAGUUUCAGGCCAUCAUCUUUUGUGAUUUGCAGUCAAAUGUUUAUUUUUCAAAGAGAAAUAUUUCUUACUCUGUCUCAUUCCAGUAUAAUUUGUGAAUUGGCCCUUAAGGUCCAGGUAAUUGGAUUAAGCCUGGAUCUUAUCUGGGUGUCAAGGAAGAAUUAUUUUUAUAGAAGUAUCGCAUAUCUAUAAAAUGGCCCUAUAAACUGUCUACAUCCUGCCCGAGUUAGCUUAGGAUUUGAUUGGUCAUUCUCUCAGAAUGUUUGACUGAUUUUCUCACCUGCCCCCAGCAAUGCCUCACCCAGAGGGUUUUGUUCUGUAGACAUCAUUUUAGGGUGACAAUGCUCACCUUUUUGUUUUGAUUGAAGAAAUAAGAAUUACAAUUUCUCUUUUUCACCUACGUCGUGAUUUGUGUUCCCCUUUUGGUUUUUACAUUUUUUCCACUUAUCUAAUAAGUACUUUAAUGAUCUGACUUCUCACUGGUUAUGAAAACAAAAAAAUAAAACAAUUUAUUUUUAUGAAUUAAAAUUGUGGCCAGUUUCUGCCCGCUGUAUUUAGGUCAGUAAACUUUAGGUAGCCAGUAUGUGGGACUUUUAAGUUAUUGUCGACUCCCCUUUCGGCAAUUUUGGCCCAAGUUUUAAAUAACAAAACGUUCAGUAAGGUAAUGUAUCCACUAAAAUAGAACACAUCUGUCUACCUUCCUCUGAAUUGGCAAAAAUUCAGCUACCGAUCCAGGGAAUCUCGGCUCCAGCCUCUUGUCAAGUUACUGGCUGUGAGGCUUAUCUUUACCACAGACGGAGGAUGAACUUUCUCGUAACCGGAGUCAGUAGGUAAACUCUGCUGCCAGACAGCUGUCAUCUUUCCCACAGCCUCGUUCAUAAGCAGUAUUGCCGCCCCCCGCCACUUGGUAGAGAGGAAGCCAACCAGGGUGGCAUUCGCUGGUUCUACAGAAGCAUAAACAAAGAGGUAAAACAGUCAUGAUUUCAGAUGUGGAUUUUAUUGUGCUGAUAGGUAACACUUUAACGCCACUGAGUCAGAUGAGGGACUUCUGUUCUUUGGAGCCCACUGUACUGUCACUCAUGAUGUCAUACAUGAGUGUGCUCUCCAGUAGUGAUGAACAGUGAUGAUCAGGAAUAUAAAGUUGGCUGUUGCAGAGAGCUGCAUCCUCAAUAGUACCGUGAGCCUCAGAAACCUCAGUUUCGGAAGCAUGCAAAAUCAAUAUAUCAACUGAAAUCAUAAAUAGAGAAAGCAGGCCCGUGCUAUCACUACUUAGCUCAAAUGCUGUUCUAUUUUUUAAAUAAUCCCAAUUAGUACCUUUUAAAUGAACCCUCCCAUAUUUGUUUAGAUACUCUCAGCAGUUGUUUAUCAGACAUGUAAUUCAUACCCAACACUACUUAGUACUUGGGGGACUACGAAGUUUAAGAUGUGAUCUUGACCCUUGAACUGGAUCCCCCGGGAAAUGAGCAGUAUUAUUUUCAUUGCUAAGUCACCUUAAACAAAAGAGGGUAUCUGUUCACAGACAGACAGGCAGACACACAAGUAACUCAAUUCAUUUCCACUGAGAUAUAUAAUCCAAGCAUAGAAGGGGAAAUACAAUAAAUUUUUUUAAGUUUCAAAGUUUCGAAACCAUCUCAGAAAUCACUAAUUGAAUGUAGUAAUGGGGAUGUCUGCUGCAAAAGGCAGGGGACCUGGCUCUGCUCUGAAUUUGCCCAUUUAUGUAUCACCCACAUGACCUUGAGUAGGUCACUUACUCUCCUGGGUUUUAGUUUUCUCAUUUGUAACUCUGAUAAAGAGUAUGUAACCUGCCCACACGGCAGAGUCUGGCAAACUACCCGUGGCAUACCCAACAUGCCAAAUACCAGUAACAAUGAUGGUCUCAUUCUCCUAACCCUGAAAGAGCCUUGAAUAUGGCACUUUUUAAAAAAUCUCAGGGCUAGGAUGAAAGAGACAUUACUGGGGCCUGCUCGAGGCAAUCAAUG